AUGGCCUUUUUCCCGCGCGCAUUCUACGAGGACACAUCCUCCUUCACCCCGCUCUUCCGCCUCCUCGACGACUUCGACACGUACUCCCGCGGAGGCGCCACCCACCACGAGGGGGGCAAGCGAUCUGGCGGCGCCUUCUGGCAGCCCAGGUUUGACGUCCGCGAGACGGCGGAGAGCUACGAACUGCACGGCGAGCUGCCGGGCCUGAGCAAGGACAACGUCCACAUCGAGUUCACGGAGCCGCAGACCCUCGUUGUGCGCGGCAGGUCCGAGCGGACUUACACCGCUGGCACCCCGCCGGCUGGCGUCAUCGAGGAAGGUGAAAGGAAGGGCGCCAUCACCGAGGGCGGCGAGGGCGGCGAGUCCCACAGGGCAACGGUCGAAGACGUUGACGAGGGCAAGGACAAGGAGGGCCAGCAGGGGGAGACUGCGGUCCAAAAGUCGGACGCCAAGAAGCGCGACCAAGGCGUCAAGUACUGGCUCACUGAGCGCAGCGUCGGCGAGUUCUCGCGAACUUUCACCUUUCCCGCGCCGGUGGACCAGGACGGCGUUUCUGCAGGGUUCAGGGACGGCAUCUUGAGCGUCGUCGUGCCCAAGGCCAAGAAGCAGGGCUCCCGCCGCAUCACCAUCAACUAG